GUUGUUUGGUUCCAUAUGUCCUUGUUCCAUUUCCUUACUUCCUUACCAUGCGUCAAUUAGCACAUCAUGAACAAAAACUUCUCAAGAAGGUCGACUUUAUGCAAUGGAAGUCGACUGAGAAUAUCAGGGAGAUAAAAGUCAUGCGUAAAUACCAUCUUCAGAAACGUGAGGACUACACAAAGUACAAUAAACUUGCAGGAAGCAUUAAAUCAUUAGCCAAUAAGAUCUCUCUUUUGCCACCACAGGACCCUUUUCGCCGUAAACAGGAAGAGGCACUUCUGGAAAAGCUUUACAGUAUGGGAUUGAUCACAGCACAGAAACAGUUUUCUCAAGUGGAUAAGAUCACAGUAUCAUGUUUCUGUCGUCGUCGGUUACCCAUUGUGAUGUGUCGGCUUAAAAUGGCAGAGACCGUUAAGGAAGCUGUGACCUUUGUGGAGCAGGGACAUAUCCGGGUUGGUCCGGAAACGGUGACUGAUCCAGCUUACUUGGUGACACGUAACAUGGAAGACUUUGUCACCUGGGUUGAUACUUCCAAGAUCAAGAGAAAGAUCAUGAAAUACAACGAUAAGCUGGACGACUUCGAUCUUUUAUAAAAAAAAAAA